AGAAACGUCAUUUCGCGGAUCUUGUGGCGAUCGACUACGAUCGGCGUACUCGAUCGUUCGCGAACGCGCGCGCGCGCGCGCGUUUUAUCCUUCCCGAAUCCUGCUGGAAUCGUCUUCCUCUCGUCUCGUAUCUCGCGAAAAUUUAAUUACGUUGGUAACGUAACGUACGUUCGAGAUUUGUCGCCGAUUUGUUGUUCGAGUGCCGGCUAAGCUGAUGAAAGUGUUUUUUGUCGACAGGUGAAAGGGUUUCCUUUGAGAAGAAAAACAAAGAAAAUUAUCGGAUAAAGGAACGCCCGAUCGAACGAGGAACGCGAUGACGAUUUCUUGCAGGAGAAACAUUUUUCUCACGGAAGUAUCUGAUUGUAAUCGAUCUUCCACGUGAACGUCGCACAGUGCUCGAACGGAUCAAACUAGUUUCGAACUUAUUCGAUGUCUCCGUUUGGGAAACGCGUUCCCACGAGAACUCGAAGAGUAUCGUCAGUGAGUCGUGUUUUAAUUUCGAUAUCGGAGUCGAAUGCUUCUUCUCCCUGCUCGCGUUAGUGCCUCCCGACAGCGGCGCGUUGGCGGCGUCGGCGAUGACGGCAAAGACGACGACGUCGCCGAUCGGAGUACUCUUUUUCUAUCGAGAAAAGAAUAACUUGGACUAAUAGUGAAAACGCGUCUAUUUUUUUUACAGGACGCGAUGCUCGCAACGACAUUCGACGAGCACUCGGCAGUCUGGUGCGGGAUAGUGUUUUGCGCACGGAAUUCCUUGGAUUCGACGCGCGGGACGUCAACGCGGUUCCGAUGUACGUGACUUGUCGUGAUCGCCGAGUAUCAUCGGAUAUCGCGAAUCGAAGUGACAUUACGUGAAAGCCAGCCGUGCGGGAGACAGUGAUGUCCCGUUUUUUAUCACGGUCCAUCCGGAGAAAGGGCGGAUCCAGAAUCUAAAAGGAGGAACCCGGAUCGAGAGAAUUUGGAAGACAAUCGGAGAACAAUCUUGUUCAGGAACAACGUCCGGAGAUUCUUCUCUUCGCACCAGCUGCGCCUCCGCAGAUGGAAGAUGAUUAUAGUAUCACGCUGUCGUCCUUUACCUCGAUCGACCUGAAGAGAAGGACGAAAGAUUGAAAUAAAUAGUCGGAGAAGGAGGGAUCCGAGGAUCCUCGCGAAUCGAUCCUCUCAGCCGUCGGCCGGUGAAUAUCACGGCGCGAGCGGCAACGGUCGUGGGUUGGAUGGUGCCGCGAGGAUUAAUCCUCGGCAGGACGACGACACGGGAGCCGGAGCCGGAGCCGGAGCCGGAGCCGGAGCCGGAGCAGCUACGCUUUUACGACUCUCCGCCGCCACGGAUGGACGCGAGCGUGUGCUGUUUGCCCGCCGGUGCCGCGGCCACCACGGGGGUUACGCAGCACCCUCAUCCGGCGUCUCUGCCCGGUUUACCGUCCGCCGUCGGCGUCCAGCCGCCGACGAUCCAGCCGUCCUACGCCGCUCAAUACGCCGCCGAUCAGAUAGUGCCCGAUCGGGCCCAACCCGACGGACCCCUCGCGACGGUACUCGGAUGCAACGCCCAGGACAGCUGGCAGCAGAUCUCGUCGACGGCGUCCACCGGGAUCACCGGGAUCACCGGGAUCACCGGGAUCACCGGAGCUGUCACCGCCACUACCACCGCCUACAUCGACUACUCGUGGCUUCAGAUGCAGACGUCGGACCUGGACACUUUGCUGUGCAGGCAGGAUCUCGAUCGUCUGCAGAGGUUGGACGAGGAUGAAUCGGACGCGAGAGAUGCGCGGGAGCCGUCCGUGCACAUGGAGGACUUCUUCGAGGUCGGCGGACCUACGGCGGUGUGCCGACCACCGCAGGCCAGUUUCGUUUCCUCCAGGAGUCAGCCGGCGGGCGCCGGUCAGGACGACGACGUCUUCCUCAGGCCGCCGCUCUGGGAGGAUAUCACGUCGAGUAUCCAAAAGUUGGAUCCGGAAAACGCGGAUAUGUUGGGUUCGCAGUCUCAUAUAAAAAUGGAGACUGACGAUGUGACACCGCCGCCAGUUCUCUCCCCGGUGGAGAUCAAGACGGAACCGUUACCGCCACCGCCGACCUUGCAUCUCCUCGAGGGACCGGCCACAAAUCCCUCGCAGAAUCCUUUUCCAAAUCCCUCUAGUGUUCAGCACGUCGUGCAUCAUCGGACGACGACGGCGACAACGGCGACAACGGCGGCGCUUUUCAAGAGCUUUCCCAACAGUAACAACAAUAAUAAUAAUAAUAACAACAGCAGGACUGUUAAUAGUAAUAACACGAGCGGGAAUAAUGCCGGUAGCAAUAACGAUAACGGCAACGGCGCCAACAGCAACAACAACAGUAACAACAACGGCGGUAGCAAUAGCGACUCGUCAACGACCAGUCAUCAUCAGCCGAGCGGCAACGCGACAUCGCCGCUCUACGGCUCGAUGACGAGACUGAUGUAUAUUUCGCCGCUGACGCCACCGAUCUCCGAUCCCAGCUCACCCAUCGGCGCCGGUCCACCUAGGCGGACACCGCCACCCCCGUAUCCCCAGCCAGGCCCGAUUCUGAAUCCGGCCCACAGGAUCCAACCGCCGUCGAUGUCGACCAAGUUCAACAGACGGAAUAACCCGGAGUUGGAGAAACGCCGGGUGCACCACUGCGACUUCAUAGGUUGUACGAAAGUCUACACAAAGAGUUCGCACCUGAAGGCCCAUCAGCGGAUACACACGGGCGAGAAACCGUAUCAGUGUCAAUGGCCGGAAUGCGAGUGGCGAUUCGCCAGGAGCGACGAAUUGACGCGGCAUUACCGCAAGCACACCGGGGCUAAGCCCUUUAAAUGCGCGGUCUGCGAGCGCUCCUUCGCCAGGAGCGAUCAUCUCGCGCUGCACAUGAAGCGGCACCUCCCGAAGCAGCACACCAAGUGAAGAGAGUACGAGAGUAUGGACAGAGAGAGAGAGAGAGAGAGAGAGAGAGAGAGAGAGAGAGAGAGAGAGAUCUUCUCUUUGCUUCCCGUUCGUUCUCGACUACCUGUGUUGGACGCGCGCUGCGUGGUUUUCGCCAUUCAGGCUUCGAAGCGCGGAGCUUUACGAAACUAGUUGGUUGGAGAGCAUCGAGAGUUUAGAAACGUGUAGAAAUUAUUAAGAAGAAAAGAAAAAAAAAAAAAAGAAAACUGUUUCUCACACAGAUAUUAUCGUAAUUUCUAAAUGGAGCGAUAUCUAUGACAUUAUUAUUGCAAGUAUUCUACGUUCAGCAGAACAAGCAGUUGCUUUGCAACUAUUGUAAGAUUCUUCGAGACAUGAUCGAUACAGAUUUAGAUCCAAGUGAGGAACCAAGGGAGAAAUCAAUCCGUAUUAGAGAAUAAUUGUAAAACUGCUUUUUCUUUCCAUCCCGUUUUUGUUUUGCCGCAAAUUCAGCGGAUCUUUUGAAAUUGACUUUCGAUCCGCGGGAACAGCACCUUCGAACGAACUCACGCUCGUUUACGCGAUCGUCGAUGCAAUUGAAUUCGCUGCAUCCUCCUCGAUACGAUUAUUCCGCUAUAGUUUCGGAGUCGGCUGUAGGCCCGAUCGUCGAUCCCGAUUUGCAAUAUAUAAUACAUAUCAAGGGAAGCAUUUCGAAGCGUCCCGAACGAAGCCGUCUCGACUCGAUCGCUUCGGUUACGCUCACUACUGUUCGGUUAAGCGGUCAUGACGAAAUACAUCCUCGGUGUGGGUGGGUGGUGAUCGUGAAAUAUUAAAAAGGAAAUAUUUCGUCACAGCGCGCUGUAUACUCACUUACGGACCGAUUCCUCGAUCGAACUGUAGCGUAACUUCACACCGACGGGAUGGGCCCCGAGCCUAUGCGAAGAGAAGUGAAGCCAAUGCUCUUGGAAAGUAAAAGCGAAAACAUCCGUCUUAAAAAGGCAGGUUCUUCACUACUAAUCUUUCGCAUUCAUUUCAAAACGUGUUUUACCUUUGAUACUUUAUCGAAAUAUUUGCAUAUUGCGGAUGAUAAGAAUUUUUUUUCUCCCUUCGCAAUCUUUUCUACGUAUUCUUAUUUGCUUGAAGAAAUUCAAACGGCAGCUCCGCUAUUGUCAUUCAUAUAUUUUUCGAAGCUGCAUACGAGCCGUCAUCUCGCGACGCCGUCCCUCGAGUCCCUCGAGAAAUGAUUUGCCAGAUUAAAGCGACGCUAUCUCGAAAUUAUCGCUAUCUCUUAAGCUGGCUGCGACUCGAGAUAUCCUGUUUGGUGUGUAAACGAUCGUCCGUACGAUCGUGCUUAAGAGUCGAAGAAGAAGCUUAAUCCGCGUCUCGCGCCGCGCGCAUCAUCAUUUCGAUAGUCGUCGCUAACGCGAAAUUCGCCCCGAUAUUUACCGAACCUCCUUGAUAGCAAGAAACAGAUAGAUGGAAGAGCGAGUAUCACGCUUUGCCGUUAUCACGUUCGUAUGUGAGAAACGACGCGAUAUCGUGAUGCCUUAUGUACAAAUUCGCGUAGUCUUGAAGAGAUAAGAUGUCUUAUAGCGGUCGAUGUGCGCGUGCACGUGUAUGUAUGUGUGGGCGAAUGUUGCGUCCGUGUGUUAUAUGCGAGUGUGUAUUUAUAUGCGUAUUCUACACGCGCGGUAGUCUAUAUGUAUGCACUUGUGUAUACGUGUAAAAAAAAAAAAAGGAGAAUAUAUACAAGAAAAAGCAGAAGAUACGCAUCUGAUAGCCAUGUAGCUAGUGUAAUAUUAUCUGUAUAUUACGCGAAGCGAUGGGCCGGGAAUAAUUCGUUCUCACGCGUGCUCCGAUCGAUUCGAUCCGAUCCGAUCCAUCGCUCGUUGUUCACCGUGCUUCGCGCAAAAGGCGUGUGUGCACGUAUGUACACCUUCCGCGUCUAAAACCACGCGCUCUGCGGCAAAAAUGCAAGAGACGAAAUUUGUAGCGAAAUUUGUAGAUAGUCAGGGAUGGACAUUCACGUGGGAGACAAUGAAUUCUUUUCAGCUUCUGAUCUUUUAAUUGCGCUAC